GGAGAUUACAUUGGAUCUAAUCUUGAUAUCGCCUGGAUGCCAAGUUUGGAAGGACUAAUGAAAGGAUAUGCAUGGAAAUUCAGACCGGGGAUUGGCGGUUCUCCUGUGAUUGUUGCUGUUGACAUAGAAGUGACCAGCAUUGACCACAUCUCUGAAAUAAACAUGGAGUACACUAUGACAGUGUUCCUACGUCAGAGCUGGAGAGAUGAAAGACUCUCGUACAAUCACACCAACAAAACUCUUGGCUUCGACAGCAGAUUUGUUGAGAAACUUUGGAUUCCAGAUACAUUUAUAGUGAAUGCCAAAUCUGCCUGGUUUCAUGACGUCACAGUAGAAAACAAAUUAAUCCGUCUACAACCAGAUGGAGUCAUCUUGUACAGCAGUAGAAUCACAUCAACUGUCUCCUGUGACAUGGAGUUAACAAAGUACCCACUGGAUGAGCAAGAGUGUAGAUUUGACCUGGAAAGCUAUGGCUAUUCAGCUGAAGACAUUAUCUACAACUGGUCAGAAAACCAGAACCUAAUCCAUGGACUAGAUAAGCUUGAGCUGGCACAAUUUACCAUUACUGACUACAAAUUCACCAAAGAGGUGAUGAACUUCAAAUCAGCAGGUCAGUUUCCCCGGCUGACGCUUCGUUUUCAGCUGAAAAGAAAUCGAGGGAUGUACAUCAUCCAGUCCUAUGUGCCAUCCAUCUUACUUGUGGCCAUGUCAUGGGUUUCAUUUUGGAUCAGUCAGUCUGCCGUCCCUGCUAGAGUAUCACUGGGAAUAACUACUGUGCUUACUAUGACAACUCUUAUGGUCAGUGCAAGUUCUUCGUUGCCCAGAGCAUCUGCUGUAAAAGCUCUGGAUGUCUACUUCUUGAUAUGCUAUGUCUUCGUGUUUGCGGCACUGGUAGAAUAUGCAUUUGCCCACUUUAAUGCAGAUUACUUGAAGAAGCAGAAGAAGACAGUGGAGCACAAGAGGAAAGGCAAGGUGACCCUUCAAGAUGGUAAAGACGCCAUUGUCCUAUUCUCAUUUUCAAUAUUGGGAGUAAAUGGUAAGCACAUACAUAGAGAGGCAAUGACUCCAAGCAACACAAGUGACCUCAAGGAAGGCAGAAGACAGCGUAAAGAACACAGACGUGAACUUACACCUGAAAACAAAGGAAGGUUGAGAAUAUUCCUGAAACCCAUAGAUGCUGAUACGAUUGAUGUAUAUUCUAGGGCGAUUUUCCCGGCCACCUUUGCAGCAGUGAAUAUUAUUUACUGGGCAGGUUAUACACAUUAA